CAAAAACCGUAUGGAUUGAUAGCCAGUUUAGGAUUUACUGUUCGUAUCACUUCCACACGGACUUCAGUCUAGUCGUGGCUCUCAGCUAAAUGAGAUCUUUCAAGUGAUUUUGUGCAGAAAAUCUGGGAAAAAUUCAUCUGUUUCUGUAUUUGUGUCCAAUUUUCCAGUGUUGUUCGUCUUCUUCAACUUUUAUAUCUAUCACUUAGUGGAUGGUGAAAGACAAUUUUAUUGGUUGUGGCAGAGGGUAAAGACGUGGGCAAAAGUGGUGCUUUUGAAUCCAUUUUCUCGUUGAAUUUCAUUAUUAAGUUUCUGCACAAAACUUUCUCCCACUGAGUAAUGCCAUCUGCGAAACGGGUACAUUGAAAAGAUCUUACUGAUUGGAUACCAAGCUUUGAGAAAAAUAUUCCAAUAUUUCAUACGACAGCGGAAACUUUAUUUUUUUUUUCCUUGUGCCAUCGUAUUUUUUUCGCAUAAAACCCCUAACAAAACACCCUUACCAUCUUUGACCCCAUUCCUACGUCCAACUCCUUUCUUUCAAAUCAUCCUUUUGGCUGUGUGAAGUGAAGGAGAGAGGCGGAAAUUUGUGUGAAAGUUCAGGAAAGAGAGACGAGAAGAAAAAAUGGCACCGAUUCUAUUGAGAGGGCUUCGUUCGGUUGCGAUGGGACGGAGGGUUAUCUAUGGAGACAGAAUUAUAUCGCUUGGGGGCUUUGCAAAAUAUCGGCAGUUGGAUAUGUCCGUACGCCACACUUCCGGUUCUUCUAAUCUAUGGCAUCGUACCAAUCAAAAUCAAAUCAACCAGAUGGAAAAGAGAACCCUACAGACUGAACGGAGGCCAUCCCUAUUUUCGGACCGGAGUCAAUUGAAGUAUGCUCGACGACUCGUGAUAAAAUUGGGUAGUGCCGUUAUCACUCGGGAGGAUGAGCAUGGCCUUGCGCUGGGACGUUUGGCAUCCAUUGUAGAACAGGUUGCGGAGUGCCAAUUGGAGGGACGUGACUGUAUUAUGGUGACUAGCGGUGCUGUCGCAUUUGGAAAGCAGAAAUUAACGCAGGAAUUGCUGAUGUCAUUAUCUAUGCGGGAAACUCUCUCACCAAAAGAUCACACCCGAGAGGAUGCUGGGUCAAUAGAACCUCGUGCUGCUGCUGCCGUGGGUCAAUCAGGAUUAAUGUCGCUGUAUGACGCUAUGUUUGCACAAUAUGGGGUUAAGAUUGCUCAAGUAUUGGUGACGAAACCAGAUUUCUACAAUGAGGAAACGAGAAAGAAUCUGUUCUGUACAUUAUCGGAAUUAAUUAGUCUCAAUAUUGUUCCGAUCGUGAAUACAAACGAUGCAGUCUCGCCGCCAAUGUUCAUAGUGGAUGAGGAAGUUACUGGACCCAAAAAGGGUAUUAGUAUAAAAGACAAUGACAGUUUAGCUGCAAUGGUGGCUGCUGAAAUUCAAGCUGAUCUCCUGAUUCUGAUGUCUGACGUCGAUGGCAUCUACAAUAAGCCCCCAUGGGAGGAUGGGGCCAAACUCAUGUCGACAUACACUACCAACGACAGGAAUGCCAUACAAUUUGGAAAGAAGUCUAAGGUUGGUACUGGAGGGAUGGACUCCAAAGUAAGUGCGGCAACUUGGGCCUUAGAUCGUGGUGUAAGUGUUGUUAUUUGCAAUGGUACUCAAGAAAAAGCAAUUAAAACAAUUAUUGGAGGACGAAAAGUUGGCACAUUUUUCACGGAAACUGGGCCAGGAAGUGGACAAACAGCCCCAGUUGAAAUUCUAGCAGAAAAUGCACGCCUUGGCAGUCGAGCUCUCCAAAGUUUAUCUGCAGAUCAACGGGCAGAUGCCGUGAAUAUUUUAGCCGAUUUAGUGCUGUCGAAGCAAUCUUUCAUCAUGGAGGCAAAUGGUCUUGAUUUAUCAGAAGCAGCUAAAUCCGGCCUCGCCAAGCCCCUUCAAUCGAGAUUAUCCCUAACACCAUCGAAACUCAAAGGCCUUUCUGUGGGUUUAAAGCAAAUCGCUGAUUCCAGCCACAAGAUUGUGGGACGCGUUCUGAGGCGGACACAGCUAGCAGAAGAUUUGCAGCUGACACAGGUGACAGUGCCAAUAGGAGUACUCUUGGUGAUAUUUGAAUCUCGUCCGGAUUCCUUGUUGCAAAUCAGUGCUCUCGCCAUGGCCUCGGCCAAUGGGUGUCUGCUGAAGGGUGGCAAAGAAGCGGUGAACAGCAACAAAGCGUUGAUGGAAUUAGUGAAGGAGGCAUUAGGUACCGUGGGAGCAGCCAACGCUAUUUCACUUGUGUCAACACGGGAAGAGAUCAGUGAUUUGCUCUCCAUGGACAAACACAUUGACCUUAUUAUACCACGCGGGAGCUCAGACUUGGUGAGAAAUAUCCAGCAGCAGAGUCAGAAUAUACCCGUUCUUGGACAUGCUGAGGGCAUUUGUCACGUCUUUGUCGACAAAGAUGCAGACAUGGAGAAAGCACUGAAGAUAAUUAAAGACUCAAAGUGUGAUUAUCCCGCAGCGUGCAAUGCUAUGGAAACGCUACUAAUCCACCGAGACCUCAUGGACGGAGACUUCUUCACGAGUGUCUGCAAUAUGCUGAAGGAGGAGGGUGUUAAGAUAUAUUCGGGACCAAAUUUGAACAAAUUACUGACAUUUGGACCCACCGUUGCCAAAUCCAUGCGCCAUGAAUACAGUGCCCUGGAAUGCUGCAUUGAAGUUGUAGACAAUGUCAAUGAAGCUAUCGAUCAUAUCCAUACAUUUGGAAGUGCCCACACGGAUGUCAUUGUCACAGAGAACGGUGAAACUGCACGUACUUUCCAGCAGCAAGUGGAUAGUGCCUGUGUCUUCCACAAUGCAAGUUCACGCUUUGCUGAUGGAUUCCGCUUCGGGCUGGGCGCCGAGGUGGGAAUUUCCACGGCUCGCAUCCAUGCUCGUGGUCCAGUAGGAGUUGAAGGUCUUCUUACCACCAAAUGGAUUCUCAGCGGUACAGAUCAUACAGCUGCAGAUUUUGCUGAUGGUGGAUCCAGGAGGUGGGUCCAUGAGUCUCUGCCCAUCUAAAAGUCCUAACAAAAUCAAUAUACACUCGGGGCGAUGCUCACUAAUGGAUGCUGAGAAAGUCUGUCUUACAUGUGCUGAGUGUGUUAAUGUUGAAUUUUAUUUAUGUGGAUGGAGAAGAAGACUACCAGUGUUGAUUAUAUUAGUUUGAACGACGAAUUUUCCAAUGUGUACAUUUAAGGAGGUGCACUUUGAUAAAUUUCAUGCUACAUAAUUCCUUUAAAUCUCAAUCCAUGUGACAUACAAAAUUGCAAUAAGGACGAAAUUCUUCUGUAACGAUUAAUCUGUAAUAAGUUUCAUCUCUUCAAAAGGAAUAAAAAAAAUACAAUCUUCGAUAGAUACCAAACAGAAAA